AUGGCCUCAAUCACACUCUACGACACGGCAGUAGUGCCCAUGACCCGCACACUCAAGAAUCUGUCCAAAAUCCUCAAGAAAGGCGAGGCAUUCGCGAACGAGAAAGGAAUGCCACAUUCCGACCUCCUCGAAGCCCGCCUCAUAUCGGACAUGCACCCACUCAUCUUCCAGGUGCAGACGGCAUCCAACACGGCCAAGUUCCUCGCCGUCCGCGUCGCUGGCGUCGAGAACGUCUCUUUUGCAGACGACGAGAAGACCUUUGACGACUUGCAGAGCCGCCUCGCGAAGACAAUCGAGUUCCUGGACGCCAUCAAGCGUGACCAGUUCGACGGUCGGGAGAAGCACGAGUUCGUCUUCCGAGACAUGAACUUCACGGGGCUGAGUUAUGUUAAUGGCUUCGCUUUGCCAAACUUUUACUUCCAUGCUGUCAAUACCUAUAGUAUCUUGAGGAUGAAAGGGGUUCCGAUUGGGAAGUGGGAUUGGCUUGGUACGUCGUGA